AUGGAGUUUAGGGAGGAAGGAGAAGUAGAGCCAGUGAGCCCCACUGGCCAAUACUUGAACAGUUCUAUCUUAUCUGUUGCAAUUCUUGCUGUUUUGGAAUUUGAGCUUCCAAUCGAUGAUUCCCAAGCUCUCUCUUUGCUUCAAGAUGUCUUCCUCCCCAUCAACCCUCGCUUCUCUUCUAUCAUGGUAAGUGACAAUGUAGAUCAAAAGAAACAAUGGAAGAGGGUUGAAGUGAAGCUUGAAGACCAUGUUCAUGUCCCCAUUUUCCCUUCUAAAAUGUCACCAGAAUCCUAUGAUGAGUAUUUUGAUGACUACAUAUCAAAUAUAGCAGCAGAAAAACUCCCACAAAACAGGCCAUUAUGGGAAAUUCACAUUCUCAAGUACCCAACAAGCCAUGCAGCUAGUACCCUGAUUUUCAAGCUUCACCAUGCUCUAGGUGAUGGCUACUCUCUAAUGGGUGCUCUUCUUUCUUGUCUGCAAACUGCUCAAAACCCUUCUGUUCCUCUAACAUUUCCUUCCCUGAAGAGCUCAGGACCAAAAACUACUCGCAAGACUAAAACUGUGUCUCAGUUUUUCUCUUCAGUUUUCCAAACUGUAUCGGAUUUCAGUUGGAGCAUUUUGAAGAGCAAUUUCGUAGAAGAUGAUCGUACUCCGAUUAGGUCUGGGGAAGAUGGAGUUGAGUUUCGGCCAAUAACACUAUCAACCUUGACGUUCUCCAUUGAUGAAAUCAAACUGAUCAAGAACAAACUUGGAGUGACGAUAAAUGAUGUGAUUGCUGGAAUAAUCUUCUUGGGCACCAGAAUAUACAUGCAAGAGGUUACCCAAAAAUCAAGCAAUGAACGUUGUACGGCAUUGGUGCUGCUCAGAACCAGAAACAUCAACGGUUAUACGUCAAUUAAAGAGAUGACCCAACCAAAUAAUGCUAAGAUGUCAUGGGGAAACCAAUUUGCCUUCUUACACUUGCCAGUGCCCAAGUCAACUGAAACUUCAAACCCACUCGACUUUGUUUGGGAAGCACAAAAAAUGAUCAAGAAAAAGAGAAGUUCUGCGGCUAGCUACCUCACUGGCUGGCUGUUGGACGUUUUGAAGAAAUUUAGAGGUCCUGAGGGAGUAGCUAGAUACAUUCAUGGCACGCUCAAGAACUCGAGCAUGACAAUCUCGAAUAUGAUUGGGCCAGUUGAAAAAAUGGCUUUGGACAAUCAGCCCGUUGGUGGCUUAUACUUUAUGGCAGUUGGUGCACCUCAGUUAUAUAUUGGUUUUUUCUUCCGUAAUGGGGCGGAUCGGGGAACCCAUUCCCCAGUGAAGGUGGGGAUGGAGAAUCCCCGAUAUGAAUAUUGCGGAUAUGAAGACGGGAAUGGGGGAAAAAAGCUUAACAGGGAUGGGGAUGGGAAUGGCAUACCCACCCCCGAUUCGACUCAUUGUCAAUCCCUAUUUAUUUAUAUGGGAAAGCUGAGGGUUGCCUUCGGAGCUGAAAAAGGCUUCAUAGAUUCCCAGAAAUUGAAGGCGUCCAUGCAAAAUGCCUUUGGAGUAAUACUCGAAGCCUCCAACCCAAUUCCUCCUGCAAAGGCAUCGUAG